GCUCAAGUAACCGUUCCUCGUAUGAACAAAGAAAAAAGAAUUUAAACAAAGAUGGCGGCGUCCCGGAGCCGAGUAUAAACAAAGAUGGCCGCGCCCUUAAGCCGAACGUAAACAAAGAUGGCCGUGCCCUUAAUUGGAAUGUAAACAAAGAUGGCCGCGUCUUGAAGCCGAAUGUAAACAAAGAUGGCCGCGUCUUGAAGCCGAAUGUAAACAAAGAUGGCCACGACCUGGAGCCGAACGUAAACAAAGAUGGCCGCGCCCUAAAGCCGAACGUAAACAAAGACACUGUAGUGUAAAACAGUACUGAACACACUUUACGUGUCCAGCCUUGGAUGUAACUUCAUUGUUGCAAUAAAGACUGAAUUCUGGAUACUACACAAGCGGCCCUCUGACUUCUGAUUUGGCGGGGAAGGAGAAAAAACCACGACAUAAAUUGGCGUCACGAACAGGAUCGGAGAAGAGACCUGGGGAGGCGACCACCUGGCGGAGAACUGGGAGACACCCGUCUGCAUUUGAGCGGCGCGCCCAAACAUAGGUAAGGAAAGCUUUUUAUUAUUGUUUAAUAGAAUAGGAAAAUAGAAUAAGGAGACGGAGACGGGGGUGUCUCGGGGACAUACGCCGCCAGGCAGAGCCUCCCGGUAAGGGUACUCGCCGAUUAGAAGAACUAAAGAUAGGAGAGCUGUUUGUGCAGUGUCCAGUGGGCCCAGUGUGUGUGUGAUGUGAGAGAAAUCCCUAAAGGAAGGGUCACGUGUGGAUAUUCCCUCACAGAUAAGCGCCUUGAAGGAGGGGAAAGUUGACCCUGAGGGCUUGAUAUACUGUUGCGAGGCAUAGAGGCCUUGAAGGUUUAAUAGUGAUUUAAAGGUAUUGCCCUGAGAGAGGGCCAGUGUUUGUGCUGCAGGUUCUUGGAUUAGUGUGAGUCAGAGACAUCGCCCUAAGAGAGGGGGGUCUCCCUGUUCUGAUAAAGUAAAGGUUGGGUGGCCCUAAGGGAGGGGCCCGUGUGUUUUAAGUUGUUAAAUGCUGUUAUGUCGUGAUGCAAAGAUAUUGCUAAGUUGUUAAGGAAUUGUUUUAAGCAAAGGUUAUGUUGUGUUGCAAAUAAAAUAUUGGUAAAGUAAUAAGGCCAGAGAGAGCCUAAGUAUUAGAAGUUGUGGGGAUUUUAAAGGUCUGCUGGAUCAGAUUGGUUUUGUUAUGCAGAAGUGGGGAAAGUGAUCAUAUAUGCAUUUUUGGGUUGAAUCAGAGAAAAAGCACAUAUAUUUUUGACGGAUAAGUUGAGUGAUAAGGUGUAUGAAGCAGAAAUAAGCACCCCAGAGGUAAAACUGCUUAGAAAACUAAAAUUAAAAAGGGAUCAAUCUAGCAGGGGGACUGGAUAGAGCAUUUGUGCAUUUCUAUAAAAAAUCAAUUAUAGUAGUGGAAGUGCAGGUAGGUGAGUUUAGAAUUUUGACAAAUCUCAAAAUAAAGUUUUUUGAAUAAAAUGUGAUUAGAAUAUUCUAUGGACUAUAGAGACUAAGUUUAGAGAUAAAGGGUAUUAAAGCACAUCUUUGUGAGAGAACAACAGGUCAUAGACAAGGGGUUUUGUGACCUUCCAUGGAAUUAGAGAGUUUAACAGAGAAAGCGUGAGGAGGCUCGUGUGCAUGGUGGACAGGCAAACGUAAAAUCAGGCUGAUAAAAAGGAGAGAAGGGAGGCUUUUGUAUAUGUGUGCCCAUAGAUAAUUGGGUGCAACGUUAGGAGUAAGUAGAAAAUAAUUUAGAGUCAGUGACACUUUAAGGUGAAGUAGGUUCAGUCAGGGAGAGAAUUCUUAUUAAGGAAAAGAAAGGAAAACAAUAGAACACGGGUUGGCUGUGAGGAAAUUUGGUCAUUUUUAUACCAGACAGGAAAACAGCCCAAGUGACAGUAGAGUGGAGGAAAACAGUAAAAUGAAGGGCCCAGUAAAGGCAGCAGACACACCAGUACAGCAGCUGGGGAGGGAGCACCCCCUGCUUAAAACAAAGAUAGAAAAGAUGUCUAAAAAGUGGGAGAAUAGAACAAAGGCCCUGGUAACUAAGUGGCCUAAAGGGGGCACAUGGGAUGUAGCAGUGUGUGAGGAGAUGGAGACUCUGAUAAAGUAUCAUAAGGCUAAUAAGAACACAGAAAGGCGUAAAAAGAAAAGGCGUAAGGAACUGGAAGUUUUGAGGUUGUUUAAAGUAAAGGGAGAGACCCGGAGAAGGGACCAGAAAGCAAUGAGAAAGGCAUUAAGUGAGAAAGAAGAGAUGAGGAAGGAAGAAAUAUGGCCACCGUCUUAUCAAAGUCAAUACCCGUUAGUGGAAGCCCCACCUCCUUCGUACAAGGGUCAGUUUCCAGUAAUAGAGGGGAAGGUAGAAUUCAAAGGUGAGGUGACACAGACGGAGGAAGCAGGAAGGGAGCAGAAAGGAACGGCAAGUUGUUUAGAUGGAUACAGGGUGUUAGGUUGAAGAAACAGUUGUUAAUCAUCUUGUUAUCAUUUCUGUAUGAUCAACAAUGAAUGUAAAUACAUAUAUACGUUAUUUCUUAUCUUCUAGCCACAUACUCUUAGCUAUUGUACUCUAAGUAGGUGGUUAACAGCUGCCUACUUAGAUAAGAAUCUCACUUCCCUCUCUUGCGCCCCCCACUGAUUAUAAAUAAAGAAGCCAAGGGGAACCACCCUUUGUAACACAUUCUGCUGUAGUUUGCAUUGCAGAGAGUGUGGGUACCCCUGCAAGUAAAACUGUAAAGUGUGUGUCUCGUAAAUGUGGAGUUGGGGUGGAAACGCCGGGCGCUUUCCCCAACACAGGGAAGUGAGUGCAUUGCUGCGGCAGGCUGUGGAGGAAGGACUGCAAGGAAGUGAGCUAAUAACAGAAGGCCAGGCAUGUGGAUCUGAGAAAAGGGGAAGUGCUAAAAAGGUGGGGUACGGAGUAAGUAGUGGUAGUGAUGCAGAAGGGCUGAUGCACCUGCUGGACACCCCUAACCCUCCAUCUAAAGGAUGGAGUCAGUUUCAGGAGAAGGAGACGGAAACAGAAAGUGAGGAAGGAGUAGAGGAUAGAGUAGUGAGAAGCAGGAGGGCUGUAAGGGCCCCCACCAGGUACACUCCGAUUACACUUCCGUUAAUGGUGAAAGGAGCACAGACACAGUAUGUGCCGUGGGCAGGACAGGAUCUGGAGGGCCUGCUUCUCAGACUCCCAGUCUUAGCAGAAGGGGCCGGAAAGUGGAUAAAAGCAUUAGAGGAGGAAACUAUGGGUCGGCUCCUGGCGAUAGGGGACAUAAAGGCAGUUAUGGCUCGCGCUUUGGGGGUGGACGCAAUGGAGAGAUUGCUGCGAAGCAGUGGCCUGGCAGCGGCGACAGGGACUCCUUUGAAUGAUGCAUGUCCCUUUGGCGGUUACCGUGCUAACCUCUGGCACCAGCUGCGAUUAAUGUUUCCUCCACGGCUGAGUGUGGUUGAAAUGAAGGUGGAGCCCAUAAAGGAGGGGGAGAGCCCAGCUGCCUAUCUGCAAGCUCAAGAAAAACGGUGGCGCACUGAGACAGAGCAGGACCUGCAGAAUCCGGCAUUCAGAGGUCUGUACCGGAGGGCACUGCAGGACGCGCUCCCUAAGCCAGUGAGAACCAGGCUAAGGCAAGUUGUGGGACUUAUUAUUAUGCCUGAGGAGCAGUACCGUGAGCAGCUGAUUCAUGCUAUUGACUUGUACAGAGAGGAGGAGGACUCUGCUAAAGAGCGUGAGAGGGAGCUGACAAAGAAACUGAAUCAGAUGCAGCUGGAGGAGCUGACCGCUAAAAAGAAAAAAGUCCAGGCACCAGUGGUCUCUCCGGACCCCAGCCCCCGGGGGCAGCCUGUGGACAGCUGACAGUCUCCUGUCGCUGGGGCCCCUCAGAAUACUAAUUGGCCUUCGGUCCCUGAUUGGAAUAGAGAGAAUAGAUAUGAUAGGUGGGGGGGGGGGUGAUCAGAGAGCACCUGAUUUCCCACAAAUGAGACAAUCCCAGUCUAUGGGAAGACUGGAGAACAGGCCACUUCAGCUGGUGUGCUGGAACUGUAACCAGCCCGGACACACCUCUAGAGUCUGCCCAAAUCCACCCUUUCGGGGGUGAGCCCGACACGCCCUAUGGGCCCGGUUAAUCCAGGAGGCUCUGUAGGUCCAAUGCCAAAUAGAGGCAGGGGUGGCAAUCCGCAGUUGCAGAAUAACAGAUCACGGGGUCCGAUCAACCCAUGGGCCCAGGGACGUUUAUUCUAGGGGUGCCCAGAGAAUCCUAAAGGGGUAUCUCAGAUGCCAAUGUUGAGUAAGGGGUCUGAGGCUGAGCCGAUGCUGCAGGUUCAAAUAAAUGGCAAAGUAAUUCCAAUGAUGAUAGACACUGGAGCCACCUACACUUGUGUAAGACUAAAAGAUGCCAAUCAUAUCCCCCGGUCCGCUGAGAAGGUCAGGACCAUAGGAUUCUCGGGACAAGUGCAGCAUAUUCCAAAAUCUGCUCCAGUGGAGAUUAAGAUAGGGGACAAAAAUGUAAAUAUGCCCAUACUAAUAUCAGAGCACACCCCAGUGAAUUUGUUAGGCAGAGAUGCUUUGUGUCAGCUGCAGAUAGACAUAAAAUGUACAGAAGGGG